UCACAGUAAUGAAGCUGAACUGGAUACUUGCCUUCUUUCUCCUUAUUUACCCAUAUGCAGCCAUGGGAGGCAGAGCUCUGCGCAGACAGAGAGAAGCUGAAGAGAGGCUGACACCAUACAUUGGUAGAGAGGACCCCGAAAAGCUUUGUGAGCUGCUCAGAUGCCACAGUCCCGUUGGAUCUUGGUGCCAAGUAGUUCAGGAAAAGGGAAUUCUCACACCCAAGUGUGUUUGUCCGCACUCAUGCCCACGGCAGAGGGCGCCAGUGUGCAGUGUUCUGGGAAAGACCUAUGGGAAUGAGUGUUUGCUUCACAAAGAAGCCUGUAGGAAAAGGCGCCGCAUUGGAGUGGCUCACUCAGGACCCUGUUUGGUCCUCAAGAGCGAAUGCACCGAGGAAGAGCUGGGCCAGUUUCCAUAUCGUCUCCUGGACUGGUUUCUUCUCCUGAGGCGAAUGAGGGAGUCGUACACACCUGCAGCUCUGACACAAACCUGUCUCAGCCACGCCGAGAGGACGCAGCUGGCAAAGGAAAGCUUUACUUUACUGGACAAGAACAAAGACGGAAAGCUGAGCAGGAGGGAUCUGAAGAAGCUAUAUUACAAGAAGAUGCCUUCGGAGCGUUGUGCUACACCAUUCUUCCUGUCUUGUGAUCGUGACAAAAACAAGAAAGUCACUGUGAAAGAGUGGACCGGCUGUCUGGUGGAUCGUUCCGAGGCCUGGUUUUAUCAUUUCAUGUCAAUGAAAAUGGGCUCUCACCAGCUGUGCCCUACUGUCAAACAAGAACUCCUGCAUCUCUUUUGAACUUGCAUCAGUACAGCAACCCGAUUAAAUAAAA